AUGGUCUCAUGUGAUUGGUUGAACCGUCUGUAUCGAACUAGUACCCCACUAGGCACGCAUAGGAUACAAAAGCAUAGCGGGGACGAUUUUGAAGUAAAAGUCAAUAUCCCUGCACAGGAGACUAAAACACCAGCGCGAAAACUUUUUGAGGCUUUUUGGAUAAAUGCCAAAACCCAACAAUGA